GCUUAUUCUUGUCUGUCCCAUCCAGUCAAUAAAGGUUGAGUCUCAUGUCUACAAUGACGAUUACGUGCCUCACGCGCGUCGCAUGGAGCUCAUGAAUGCUAUCAGAACCUUCACCUUAUCAGAUGACCACCCAAGCUCACUUCGGGGACCGCCGCGCAUGUUCGGAUGAACCAACUGGGAUCCCAACGUACAGCCGCUGUGGCGCCCAGCCCCGGCUCACAUCCUCAGGCCUCAAGUGAGACAACAACGAUUACUACAUUAGGGCCUAUGAAACGGGUGUCUAACCAUACCAGGCGGACUGUCUUAACCCUGUUCCAUGGCGAAUUUCCUCUCUUCUGACAGGUAUCCCAGGUCAUUGAUAAAUCGCGCAAGCAAUGGUUCACCCACGACCCAGCUUACCUUCUCCUGUCUUCCUUGUCAUGUCUGCACCGUCGGACCAGGUUAUCAUACAAGCCGUGUCGCAAAUCAUCACGAAAAACUACGCUAGCUACGCCGUUAUCUGCAAGUUUACUCCCCUUGCCAUCUACGAGGUUGUUAUCACUUUCGCCGACGAGAUCCGCAUCGUCUGGAAGAAGCCCAUUACUGCGUCCGCUAUUCUCCUCGGAUCGGUACGAUGGUGCAUGAUCCUCACAGCGAGCAUCUUGCUCGUGCCGACAACUUUGAAUUUUCGGGAUACUAAAGAUUUGCCAUACAGAUUCGUGUGGACUAUUCGUGGCUCACUCGUCCUUGCUGACACGAUCGUGCUUGUUUCGACUUGGGUCCGGACGUUCGGACACUGGAGGCAAGCACGCCGUGCGAACGCCACGGUGUCGUUGACGGCAUGCUUGCUGCGCGACGGAACCAUCUAUUUUAUAGUCCUGCUAGCGUUAAAUAUUGCCCAGCUCCUGACCGUCGACGCUUCUGCGGACGUGGCCCCCCUCACCCCGUUCAUUGCUAUAAUGCCCCUGGUGCUCAUCAAUCGCUUCAUGAUCAACCUACGUAUAGCCGAUACAGGGCACUCGGAGUCCUCUUUUGAUAGCGACGGGGAUCACAAUUUGUCGACGCCGCAGUUCAGAGGGUCGACAAAUACGAGUUUCUUGGGAAAUAUUGGUGAGACGCUGCAGGAUGGCUGGGAUGGCAGCUUCCAGGCGGACAGCUUGUCAGGAGGAGAUGGCUCAUAUUCUGGCGAGAGCUACGCACUAAGAGGAAGGGCUGUGAGCACGGAGUAAUGCCAGACUCAUCUUAAACCAUAUCAUUCUGUAACAUAUACCCUUGGAUUGUGCUCUGAUACCUGUUGUAUAUAUCCCGUAGUAUUUUUUCUUGCAUGCAAACAG